AUGUCUGAAAGGAGAAUUCGGGAGCUCGAAAGGCAGCUGCAGCAAGCAAAGGCGCGGGAGGAAGAAGCAAAGGCGCGGGAGCAGGAAGCAAGGGUGCGGGAGGAGAACGAGCGACGCGAAAAGGAAGCAGAGCGACGCAAAAACCGAAAUACGACUCUGGCGGAGUACUUGUACAACUGUCACUUCGACCUGUACCGAAAACUCAGGCUCGCUGGCCCAUCGAAGAGCUCUACUGGCUUGGCGACAUCGGUCGACGGUAAAUACUAUCCCAGGUGGCUCCGCCCUUGGCAUGCCUUUACCGACAGCCAGCGACACGAACACUUCAACGAUAUCAUCCGCACCUGCGGCGAGAGGCGACUUUUUCAACAAGCGAGCACAACAAGAGAUAAUGGACUAAAUUUCGAGCGCAAAAAAGCCGGUUAUGAGAAUGCUAUCGACCACUUCGAAAAAACAGCAGUUGAAGACCCUACGUGGAUGGUUUUGGAGCCCGUUUGGGCCGACAGAGAGCUGCGUCAGAAGUACCAAAUCACAGAUUUAACGUUUAUGAAUGGCAUUCGCAAUUUCAAUGACCUCAACGAAGCUAUUGGCGCUGAGAUCAAAACGGGGAGGGGAAAGCAGCAACCUGACGGAGGUGGCAUCCGAACAAGCAUAGACGGGAACGAGAGCCCAGCUUUCAUGUAUGAUUACAAGGCUGCGCACAAGUUUGCUGUAGAGGACCUCGAGGCCGCUCUCGAGAAGGAGACGCUGUUCAUGGAUGUCUACAAGUGGGCGCGGACCGACCAGUACAAAACAGACUCGACGCUGCAAAAGAAAGAGCGAGAAGCAGCGCGGAUUGCCAUGGCACUGAUACAAGUCUUCAAUUAUAUGUUGUGGUAUGGAGUCGGGUAUGGCUAUGUCGCCGCUGGGAAAUCUUUGGUGCUUCUUUAUUACGACCGAGCAGAGCCACUUGUCUUGCGUUGGCACCUUUGCGUGCCAGACAAAAUGGUGAUUCGAUCAACAGCUGAGCUUCAUGUCGAACAAGUGUCUCAGACUGCGGUUGCUCAGCUUGCCAGCUUUUGUCUGUUGAGCCUCCGCUCUCAGGCGCUUACGGGCCGUCCGCUCGAGGAGGCAUUGGAUCAGACUGAAGGGUUUCUAAAAAAAUGGAAAAGGGAAGCUUACACGGACCCGGUUACUCCGCAGGAGGUCAGAUGA